AUGUCAAAUAAUCAACCACCAAAGCAACAGAGUGCACCCACUGGCUUAUUCGAGUUUGAAGACGAAUGGUCAUUCAACCUGGAACAGUCGUACAUUUCCAGUGAAGUCGACAAUAACGACACGUUACAAAGCAGGGAAACGACGAUAGUGGUUGACAAAAAUGUGUACGAAGAUCUGGUUACAACGUGUAAUACAAUGAAAGUUCAGUUGAAAACUGUCAUGGAGAAGAUUGAGGAGAAGAAGGAGGCUGAUGAUAAGAAGAAUGGGGAAAUUUCGAAGUUAAAGUCUGAAUAUGAGGAGUUGAAAAAGAAUAAUAAAGAGAUGUUGGCGGAGUUGGCUAAGGAGAAGAACGGAUCGGAUCCAGAACUUGAAUUGAUUCAAAAAGAAAUGAAGGAAUUGUUGAAGAAGUUAGAGCAAGAGGAGAAGAAAAAUGAGGAGCUGGUGGAGAAAAACAGAGGGGAAAUGGAGAAGGCAGAAGUGGAAACAGUCGGACUGAAAUCUGAAAUAGAUGCUCUUGCGGAGGUGAUUAAAGACCUCAAAGAGAAGUUGAGUCAAAAAGAGAAAGAGAAAGAAGAAUGGAAGAAUAAAAUGAAACAACAGGAAGAGUGCUUUUCUAUAGUUACUCGAAAUUACAGUACUCUUGAACUAGAAAUCCAAGACUGGAGAAACAAAUUGCAAGAUGAGUAUAAUAAGAAUGACGAGCUGGUCAAGAAGUUAGAACAAGAAAUGAAGGAGAAAGAAAUGAGGGAUUCGGAUCAGAUUGUUCUUCAGAAUGUAGUUGAUGAGUUGAUGAUGAAGGUGGAACAAGAAGAGAAGCAUAGAAAAGAGUUGGACAAAAAAGAAGAAGAGAAGAACGCCAGAGUUGCUGAGUUGGAGAUGGAACGGUAUGGUCUCGAAGUAAAGAUUCAAGAACUGACGGAGAAACUGAAGCAUUUGGACGGGUUUUAUGAGGAGAAGUUGGAGAAAUAUGGGAACGCGGUGAAGCUGGCAGAGGUGGAAUCGGUCAAAAUGGAGUCCGAACGAGAACUUCUCCAGAAUAAUAUUCAGGAGUUGACAACGAAAUUGGAGCAAGAGGAAAAGAAAAAGAAAAGAUUGGAAAUUGAUGUUGAAGAUAAGAAACAAAGAGUCAAUGAGCUUGACGCUCAACAGAAAUCGCUGGAACAUAAUAUCAAAGAGAUUUCUGAAAAGUUAGAAAUCCAAAACGAAGAAAUCUCCCAUUUGAAAGUGAAGCUUCAAGAUGAAGAACAAAAGAAUACGUUCAAAAUCGCUGAGUUGACAUCAAAUUGUGAUUCUGUUACUGUUAAACUCAAUGCAAUCGAGCAAUCAUCAAAACUGAAGGACGAUGAAAUGAUGACGUUGCAGAGAAAAUACAGUAACUUGAAGAAACGUGGAGUUCAGAUGUUGGCUGAGAAGAGUGAAGAAAAUCAGAAGUUGCAACUGGAAAUGGCGGAGCAACAGAAGAAAAUUGACGAGCUGAACGAACAGUUGGAAUCACUGAGAAAUUCAGUAAAGUUGGAAAAAGAGAAAAGAAAGAAAUAUGAAAAGGAAGUGAAGGCGGCGGAAAGAAUAGUUAAAGACGCGUUGAGAGAAGAGAAGAUUUCCAGAAAGAUGACUGAAAAGAAGUGUUUGGCAGAGAAAACUGAGAAGAUGGCACUCCAGGAAAAGGUAAUUGAUAUGACAAAUCGAGGAGUGGUCGUUCGCAAAUCUUGUCCGAGCUCUGAACAUAAUCUUCUCGUUCAACGUAUCGAUGUUCUUCAACGUCAGAGAGAUAUUCUUGUGGAGAGUGUACGAUCAACAACAGAGAGACUCCAAUUUGAUAUCACUUUGCUAACUCCGAUAACUCGUCUGAUUCGUCUCUCCCAUUCAAUGGCUCAUGAACUUUUGUGA